CCUACUGGAAAUCAAGCCCACAACCCAGGAAUUGAAUGACCUGGCACGGAACCCCCCAGCAGAGUGUUCAGCAGGUCCUGCUGGAGAUCAUAUGUUCCACUGGCAAGCUACAUAAUGAGGCCAAACGACAGCCCCUAUCAGGGUGGAGUAUUUUUCUUGACAAUUCAUUUCCCAAAAGAUUAUCCUUUCAAACCACCUAAGGUUGCAUUUACAAUAAGAAUUUAUCAUCCAAAUAUUAACAGUAAUGGCAGCAUUUGUCUUGAUAUUCUGCGAUCACAGUGGUCUCCAGCACUAACUAUUUCAAAAGUACUCUUGUCCAUCUGUUCUCUGUUGUGUGAUCCUAAUCCAGAUGAUCCUUUAGUGCCUGAGAGUGCUCGGAUCUACAAAACAGAUAGAGAAAAGUACAACAGAAUAGCUUGGUAAUGGACUCAGAAGUAUGCGAUGUAAUUAAAGAAAUUAUUGGAUAACCUCUACAAAUAAAGAUAGGGGAACUCUCAAAGAGAAAGUCCUUUUGAUUUCCAUUUGACUGCUUUCUAUGAGCCCACGCCUCAUCUUCCCUGUUUACCUGAUACAGCAGUGCUGCAUGUUGUACAUACUUCGAACAACAAAUAGAAAUGCUGUACUUCUGUACCAACAUUGCCUCCUAGCAAGAAGUGUGUAUGUGACAAGCCAGUUCUUCAGACAUAACCUAGGUGUGACACUAAAAACUUUCCUAUUGACUUAAAUUUGGAUAACUGCAAGUUGAGGGGUGGUGGGUAUGUUGUAUGCUUGGAUGGGAAAGAAAAGCUCCACUGACCUGUAGGAGAUGUUUUUUAAGUGGAAUCCUUUUAAACUCAAAACAGAUAUGAAAAGCAAGGAGAAGAACAUGAAGCUGUUUCUGUAUUCAUUUUAUGCUGAAGGACCUACGUCUUAGGUGAAAGUUAUGACCAACCAGAUUAAAAUCUACCCACAUCCUGUAUCUUAAGGUCUAAGUUUAACUGGAUUGGAGCUAUUAGUAUAUAAAAUGUGAUGGGCUUUGUUCCCACCUCUUACAUUUCCCUACCCUCUAACCCUCGUCCUUUCAGCCCCUCUUUCUCUCUUCCAUAUUCUUUGGUUUGUAUGUGGUUUCUCAGUUAAUACAUAACUAAUAGCUCUUAUUUUACUUAUGUUUAUAACUACUUAGGUCUUUCUGGAUGUAAGGGUGAAAAUUCAUUUGAUGGAAAUACUUGUGUACAUUUAAAGACCCAGUUGCUCCUCUGGAGCUUGCACAUUCAAGAAUGAUUAAUCUGUGUAAUAAACUGAUUACUACAGUCAUUGC